GCAGUGUAUGACUCAGUUUUAAAGCGAGUUUUGUCCUGUCCGCAGCAUUCACGCGACAAGUUUUGCUUUUGAUUUUGCACUGACAACAUAAACACCGUGUCGAUAAUCGCAUUGCGCGUUACGCCAGCUGCUGAUAACAUAAGCGACGCAGAGAGGUGAUAAGUGCAACACGAAUGAAACCGCGCAAACUUCUCGAAUCUUCCAAACGUUCCAAUUACUUCGAGAAGAAAAACAAAUGCUAUCAAUGAUGCCUAGGUGAGAGUUUCGUGCGACGCGUGCAGUAUUAGCGCAUUGGUAUUCGCAUUGGCAGGAUGACUUGGAUGAGGAGUUGGAAGAGUUGGAAGCUGUUUUUUUUCUCGUCGAUUAUCGUCUUCGCACAUUGCGAUGUGGACACAGGUGAUGAAAUCGCCAAGUUACCGCAUUGCGUUGACGAGGAGGAUGUCGGAUAUGUGUUGGUGAGCACACUGGAUGGAAAAUUGUCAGCUCUUAGAGCAAAUGGACAAUUGGCUUGGGAAGUUGACACAGGCAGUGGCCCAUUGUUACAUUCCAGCAUUCACAAUGUAGAAUUGACAAAUCAAGGGGAAUUGGUUCGGAUCAUUCCGUCAUUGUCCGGAAGUCUGUACAAAUUCAACGGAAAAACCAUCGAUGCAAUUCCCAUAAAUUCAGACACACUUCUGAAAUCUUCAUUUGUAUACUCCAGUGAUACGGUAAUAGCUGGCAGAAGAGAUGUACGCACAUAUGGCGUGUUAGCACGCACCGGUGAUCUUCUAUAUGAAUGCUCUUCGGAUGGUUGCCGCAAUAUCACCCAAACCGCCGAAGAUUUUGAUGAUAUUAUCGUCAUCGAACGAAGUUCCACGACUGUGCGCGCGCAUGAACCCCGAACAGGUCAGGAAAGAUGGAACUUUAGCGUAGGUUAUCACAAUAUAAAAAUCCCGCCAGCGUCGUGCAUAAACCUCGACUCAGCGAUAACUUCUCUCAACAUUACCGCCGUCCUUCCGGAUGGUGUCAUCUCGGCCAGUCGCAAGGCGACCUAUGAGCACCUCUGGCGGCAUGUUUUCGAAACACCAAUCGUGAAAAUAUGGAAAUGGGACGGGCGUGACGUCUACGCUGUGGAUGUAUUUGCUAACACUCCACGCAACGUCAAUGAGAAUCAAUUGGCGCUCACGCUGUCACCGGCGAUUUAUCUAGGCAUGCAUAAGCAACAGUUGUACAUAGCUGAGAGCAUUCAUAUGUUGAAUGCUCUGCAAAAGUUUGGUUAUGGGCAAGGAGGAAGCACGGACGUUGCCGAGACGAAGUCGUGGACAAGUUUUCCAUGGAAACCGAUACCGGCUGGUCAGUUACAGGACGAUGUUGACGAUGCGACGGCGAUUUCCGUGCUGUACAGCUCGAAUUACGUUGAGGGAAACGGAUAUUACUUCUAUACGGAUGUUGACCGCAAGAAAACCAUUUUCUGCGAGACAGCGAAGAAUCAAACUUCGAAAUUCUUCAACCGGUUUGAAAUCGGUUCGAUUUUCAAAUCUUCUAAAUCUGCUGCUGUAUUGCUGACAAUCGGUUUAGUGAUUCUUACCGCAGUAGCAACACAGGCGAGAACGAUUUAUCAUUGGUUCAUACCUGCAAAGAUGGCCGACGUACUUCCUCGAAAGAACAGCGAAUCGUCGAAAUCUCCAUCCCAGUUUACAACCGUUAGUACAGAUUUGUCUGUGGUGUCAACAAACUCAACUAUAUCAAGCGUGUACAACGAUGCUCGCCCGCAGUCACAUUUCAUGGAUAACUUCGAUAUUAUCUCGCAAUUAGGCAAAGGUGGCUAUGGCAUCGUGUUUGAAGUAAAGCAAAAAAUUGAUAAUGCGAACUACGCUGUGAAGAUUAUUCCCCUGCCUAAGAAACCGGUUGCAAAAGAGCGAGUUCUGCGUGAGGUGGUAGCCUUAGCUCGGCUGGAUCAUCCCAAUAUUGUGCGAUAUAGCACAUCGUGGAACGAAACCUCGCUGCCUGAUUUCGCCGCACCGCAUUUAUCCCAGACACUUGCCGACGCUUCGUUGUUCACCAGCGACAUCUACGAGGAAGAAACUGAUGAAAUUAACGCAGGCGUCGCCAAAAUACCCAUCGAAGAUCUCAGCCAAGAUUCGUGCUCGGAAGAUGAGCACGAUCAAGAGGACGAUAGUUUUAUUGUUUUCCAAGAAAACACACGGUCGGGCUCGAAUAGCACUCGCAUCACGCUUCCAUCACACACGAAUUCAUCAGUACUUCAUAAAUCCAUCUCGAUUGAAGAGAGUGACAGCGACAUUCCCACACAAAAGUCAUCAAACUUUGUUACAAGUAAAAGUAAUAGAAGUAAUCCGAAGAAGACGGAAAAGGAGAGGAGUUACCUCUUUAUUCAAAUGCAGCUCUGUGAUAAGAUGACGCUUAAAGACUGGAUGAAGGGUAAUUGUGACAGACCUCGCAUAGAGAUAUACGCCAUCUAUCAACAGAUACUGCAGGCGGUUGCAUAUAUACAUUCCAUGCAGUUGAUACAUAGGGACCUGAAGCCGAGCAAUAUCUUCUUUAAUCCUAAUUGCAACCCGGCGCAAAUCAAAGUCGGCGAUUUUGGACUUGUCACCCCGAUGCAAAAUGCGGAUGGGAAUCGAAAUCACACGGCGAAAGGAAAUAAUAUGGGACAUACCAGAGACGCAGGAACUGCCUUGUAUAUGAGUCCGGAGCAAAAACGCGGCUCAGACUACAACUACAAGGUGGAUGUAUUUUCUUUAGGCGUUAUUCUCUUCGAGCUGCUGGUGUAUUUCGACACGGAGGGUGAACGCAUCGAUAUGCUCAUAAAGUUGCGCGGUGGGAGAUUUCCACCGAACUUUCAAUGUGAGAAUCCUCAAGAAUUUACUCUGUUAAAGUCGAUGCUCUCAUCGAAUGCUGACCUGCGGCCAACUGUUGCUGAUGUGAUCAAACAGAUUCCAACUAUAUGUGGCACAUAAAGGUUAGUGCAACUAUUUACCUGAAAUAUACAAAUAGUUUUGCAUGUAUAUAAUGAUUGAAUCCAAUUACUAACUUGUUAUUUAUGAAAUAAUGUGAUAAGAUUAGCUGUAUUGUUGAAAACAUAUAAAUCGCAAUGGUUUAUUAACAAA